AUGGGAGUGAUAUGGCUUCCCAACCAAUCCAGGAUCCUGUGUUUUUCCUUUCAUAUUACCCUCCUUCUGGUUCAACAGACUACUGCAGAAAGAGAACUGAAGUUUGUGGUUGCAGUUUUCCGACAUGGUGACCGAACACCAAUUGUAAAUUUUCCAACUGAUCUGCACAAGGAAAGUGAAUGGCCCCAGGGAUUUGGACAACUUACCAAGACUGGAAUGCAGCAACUAUUUGAACUUGGACAGUACAUGAGGGAAAGAUAUUCCAGCUUCUUGAACAGCACAUACAACCGGCAAGAGUUUUACAUCCAAAGUACAGAUUACGACCGCACCAUUAUGAGUGCCCAGUCAUACCUUUCUGGCCUCUUUCCACCAACUAGCAGCCAAAUUUGGAACCCUGAGCUUCUCUGGCAACCCAUUCCAGUUCAUAUUAUUCAAAAAUCAACAGACCGGAGCCUGAAUUUUCCUCUGCCUGACUGUCCCCGUUUUGAUGAACUUCAGAAUGAAACACAAACAUCAAGUGAAUUUCAAAAUAGAAUACAACCAUACAUGGAUUUUUUACAAAUGAUGGCAGUUAACACAGGACUUGAACUAAAUCAUCUUAAAAUACUGGAUAAUUUCCAGCUCUGGAAUACAUAUGACACUCUCCACUGUGAGGGUAUUCACAAUUUCACUCUCCCUGUAUGGGCUACCAAAGAUGUAAUCAACAAGAUGGAAAAACUGGCAGAAUUGUCCUUGUUAUCGCUAUUUGGGCUUUAUAAAACAGAAGAGAAAUCACGACUGCAAGGAGGUGUCCUUGUGAACAUUAUUUUAAAUAGUAUUAAGCAAGCUGCCAAUUCUUCAAAACAAAGAAAAAUGGAGGUCUACUCCGCACAUGACACCACAGUUGGGGCCCUCCAGAUUGCUCUCAAUAUUUUCAAUGGAAAACUGCCACCAUAUGCUGCUUGCCAGUUCUUUGAACUCUACCAAGAAAGUAGUGGGCAAUACAGCAUUGAAAUGCAUUAUCGGAACGACUCCUCAAAGGCUCCUUACCUACUCACCCUGCCAGGAUGCACCUCUUCUUGUCCACUUGAGAAGUUUACUGAACUAGUUUCUCCUGUGAUUACAGAAAACUGGUCAAAAGAAUGUGGGAAGAAAGACAAAAUGAAAGAUAUUUUUAUUGGCUUUGAUGUUGCUGUUGGCUUGUUGUUAAUCUUUGACCUUGUGCUGCUCUACCUCCUUUAUCAUUAUGGACGCUGCAGGCGCAGAAACAACUACCAAGACAUUUAA